AGGGAGGGGGGAUUUUUCUUGAUUUUCUUAUUAGGAAUUCUGUUUUGGAUGUAUUUUACAUCAUAAUGCAUUGACCCCCUAGAGCUAGAGAGAGAUAGGAGAGAAAAGGGAGAGAGAAGAAAUUAAAGGCAACUAUAUAUAUAUAUAUAUAGAGAGAGAGAGAGAGAGAGAGAGAGAGAGAGAGAGAGGGGCAUAUAUGAGUCACUAUGUUCAUGGCAAUGUAGAAGGGUCAUCAUCAGCUCUCUGAUCCUCUAUUUCUAAGGAAGAUAUAUCUGAUCUUUCUGCCUAGGUUGUUUUUUCAUGCCACACCAUGUUGGCUUUUUAACAGGACAAGUUUGAGCAAAGAAAAAAGGCAAAGAGGUGGGCGCACUUUGGCUUAGCUCCUAUCAUCACCAUCAUCAUCAUCUCCUUCACCACCAUCUAAUUCUUCUAAUCCUUUCUGUAUUCUUCGUCGUCAUCAAUCCUCCAUUAAAAAAAGUCCAUUCCAGUUGAUUCUUUAACAACAUAGUUCAACUUGUUCCGUAACUGAAUCAGCACCAACUUUUGGUCACUAUCUGAGAAGCUAGUGGGCAAGAGAAGCACAAACAAAGGAACAAAAGGAAGAGAAAAAGAAAAUUAAUUUGGAUUACAUGGCUAGAGAACUCUGUGAAGAUAAAUCAAGGAAUAUUGUCUCAUCAACUGGUUUUUGUUACUCAGAUGUUUCAUCUGGUAGCUCAACCGUGCAAACCCAUCUGGUGAAUCAGAUCCAAGGAUUUGAACCCAACCCAGAGAUCUUCAACUUGACAACAGGCAUGGAGAUGAUAGGGUUUUCAAAGAAUCUACAGCAUCAAGGUGACAGCAACACAGUCAUGUGGAAAGGGUUCUUCAACAAACAUGGAACCAACCUUAGUCCAUCUCCUUCAAAAACAAUCAAUAAGUCAACGAGCGAUUUCUAUCAACAUGAAUUGCACAAACCUGAGUUCACAACUGGGAUAGCUGAAACUAGUACAGAGAAUCUAAUAGUUGGACCUGAGUCGGCUCCUUGGCAAGAGAACAGGUUGUUUGUUGAUGACUCUUCUUUGAGGUGUGUUUUUCCUUGUGAAGGAAACGAGAGGCCAAGUCAAGGUCUUUCACUCUCUCUUUCAUCUAGUAAUCCUACUAGUAUCGGGCUACAGUGUUUUGAACUCAGACAAACCGGUCACAGUAAUCAUGAUCAGCAAGAUGAUAUGAGGUUUAUUGGUUCAAGUUCUAGAGAUGGCUUCUUUGGAAAGCCUUCAAAUGUUCAAUCGCAACAACAAAUGAUCCAAGACGGUUUUCUGGGAAAAGCUGCAAAUCUGCAGCAUCAAGGGCAGUUCCAACUCAGUAGUUCAAAGUACUUGGGUCCUGCUCAGGAGGUUUUGAAUGAGUUUUGCAGCCUCGGAACCAAGCAAAUUGAUGAAUCAAAGCAAAAGCUGACCCAUAAGACCAAAAAGAGGGAUGAUGAGAAUGGAUCUAGAAAGCAACCCCUUUAUUCCCUUGACUUCAUGGAGUUACAGAAAAGAAAAACUAAACUGCUUUCAAUGCUGGACGAGGUGGAUAGAAGAUACAGGCACUACUGUGAUCAAAUGAAAGCCGUGGUAUCUUCCUUUGAAGCAGUGGCUGGCUCCGGGUCAGCAUCAGUGUAUUCAGCUUUAGCCUCCAAGGCCAUGUCAAGACAUUUUAGAUGCUUAAGGGAUGGAAUUAUUAGUCAGAUUCAGGCUACAAGGAGGGCCAUGGGAGAAAGAGACCCAGUUGCGCUAGGCACAACGAGAGGUGAAACACCAAGGCUAAGGAUCCUUGAUCAAGCUUUGAGGCAACAAAGGGCUUUUCAACAGAUGAGCAUGAUGGAGAGUCAUCCAUUUAGACCCCAAAGAGGCCUGCCAGAAAAAUCUGUUUCUGUUCUUCGAGCUUGGUUGUUUGAGCAUUUUCUUCACCCGUAUCCAAGCGAUGUUGAUAAACAUAUCUUAGCCCGCCAAGCCGGUCUCUCAAGAAGCCAGGUAUCCAAUUGGUUCAUUAAUGCGAGAGUGAGGCUAUGGAAACCAAUGGUGGAAGAUAUGUACUUGGAAGAAACAAAGGAGCACGAAAACAACAUGGCCUCCUCAGAUGGAGUCAAUGAAGUUGAUGAUAAUGGUGGCCGGGCUAAUCAAAAUAUUCCUCUCACUGACCUGAAACCCACCCCGGACCAGCUCGUUCGAGUUGAUUCGGAAUGUCUGUCAUCCAUUAUCACUAACCCAGAUGAAAACGACGCGCAAAGUGCCAAAACCAUUCAAAACCGGUAUUUGCAUCAGCAACAAAGUUUUGGAGCCUAUGGUGCCAUGGAAUUGGACUUCUCUUCCUAUAGUCAUCACACAGCGGGUGGGGUAUCUUAUGGAAGCGAUCACAAUGCUAAUCAAAGUUUCAAUGAUGGAGGCGUGUCAUUGACGUUAGGGUUGCAACAGCAUGGUGGGAGUGGGGUGAGCUUAGCCUUCUCGCCCGCAUCACAAAGUUCUCUCUUUUACCCUAGAGACCACUUUGGAGAUUGUCAACCAGUUCAGUACUCACUUUUAGAUGGUGAGGAACAGCAUUUGCCUUACAGGAACUUGAUGGGGGCACAGUUGCUUCAUGAUUUGGCUGGAUAGCAGGGAAGGACAAAAAAGGGGGCUAAAUCAGAUAGUUGGUGGGGUACUUCAUUAGAAUUCUCAUCAAAAGGAUGAAAAUGGUAGACAAAUAGUUUGGACUGCAUAGAUAAAUACUGAAAUACGCAUAUAUACAUAAAGCUAUACUUUUUGAUUUAGAUAUACUAUAUGAACAUAUUAUUAGUUCAAUGGCUGGCCGCUCUUUUCAAUUGGAACAACAUGUUUGAAAAUUGCCAGUUAUUGAUGCAAGGCUAUAGCUACACAGAUAUUUCUUUCCUCUUUCUGGUGGAAUCUGUUUUGCAAAAACUUUAACCUAUUAUAUCAUUUUUGUUAGGCCUUUAUCUC